UACACACAACGUGUAAGCUGCUAUUCACAAAUCAAACCGAGAAACUAGUCCAAAUUAAGAGUCGUACAAAAAAGGGUAUUAACAAUGGGGGAAGACGUUGUGGUAUUGGACUUGGGGUUGAGUCCAUUUGGGGUGAGGGUGAGGAUAGCCCUGGCAGAGAAGGGAGUGGAAUUCGAUUGGAGAGAAGAGGAUUUGAGAAACAAGAGUGAUUUGCUUCUAAAGAUGAACCCUGUCCAUAAGAAGAUUCCUGUUUUGAUCCACAAGGGGAAGGCUGUGUGUGAAUCACUCAACAUAAUACAGUAUAUUGAUGAGGUCUGGAAUCAUAAAUCUCGUCUGUUACCUGAUGAUCCUUUUGAGAGGGCUAAUGCAAGGUUCUGGGCUGACUAUAUUGACAAAAAGAUCUACUCGACUGGGCGGCCGGUGUGCGAAGCUACUGGGGAUGUUCAAGAAACUGCAAAGAAAGAGCUGAUGGAAUCGUUCAUGGUGCUGGAAAGAGAAUUGGGAGAGAAGACAUAUUUUGGAGGAGAGAGUUUUGGGAUUGUGGAUAUAGCACUCAUCCCCUACUAUAGCUGGUUUUAUGCAUGGGAGACCUUUGGGAAUCUUAGGUUUGUAGAAGAGUGCCCUAAGCUUGUGGCAUGGGCUGAGAGAUGCAUGAAGCGGGAGACCGUGGCCAAGUACCUGCCUGAUCAGCAUAAGGUUCAUAACUUUUUUCUGGAGCUUAAGAAGCAAGUUUGAAUAACAGUAAAUUAAGGGGCUUUUUUAGGUGUAUAAACUGUGGGAGAUGACUACUAGUCAUUCUGGUUUCUGGGUAUGCUCUGUUUUUUCUAGGUCCUUUAAGCAUGGUGGAAAACUUCUCUGUAAACUUGACGUUAUUCCCUAAACAGUCUACCAUAAUAAAAAGGAGUAUCUUAUAUAUAAUUACUCCAAGAUUUGUACUUGUGUGAAAUUCACCUUAACAAAAAAUAUUACAUUAUGGACAAGUCAUUGAAUGGAUGGAUGAUAUGUCCCUCAAUCAAUAAAAAG